UCUCCCUUGCGCCAUCGCGCGAUCGCUCGCCAAGUUGCCCGACAUAAUAUCGUCGAAUACAAAUUCUCAAUUGCUGGAUUUCCGUGCCGGCUACUGUCGCAUCUCACCGCCCUGGAAUAUCGCAGCAGGUAACCAAUACUACGUGUACACAGCACGCUUUCAAGAUGUCGCUCGGAGGUGCCUUUCGCUCGUUCUGGCAUGCGAUGACCACCAACGAUCGACAUUCCACCUACGAUUCUCCCCAUCGCACUGGCCGCCACAUACCUCUGAACAGGCAGAGCACCCUCACUUCGGUGGCUACUGCCUCGGAGUCCCGCGCUGACAUCACAUCUCCGUAUGUCGACGAACUGGGUCGGCUAUCUGCCGGCGUAGACGGCGCAACGUCCCUUCACCCCUCUCCGCUAUCACCCGGCUCCAACGGCCCAUACUCUCCGGGCUUGAGAUCUUCCAACGCCCAGCGACAGAGUCUCAAAGAUGAUGGGUUUGAGACCGUCAGUAGCCCCGGUGAGAUUCCGAUGCAGUCGUUUUCAGAUGGUGGACCCCCAGCACCCCCAGUGGUCCACUCGUGGAAACGGAUAGAUAAAUGGGCGGAGGAGAAUUAUCCUGAACUCUUCGACCAACUGUGCGAGGGCUGCACAGACAACGAUUUGAAUGAGCUGGAACAUCAACUCGACUGCUCGCUACCACAGGAUGUGAGGGAUUCUCUAGCGGUUCAUGAUGGGCAGGAACGUGGCGGCAGACCAACCGGGAUCAUUUUUAGCUCUAUGCUUCUCGACUGCGAAGAAAUUGUCCAAGAAUGGGAUCAAUGGCGAAAAGUCAACCAGCAGUACCUCCUCGAGUCGUCGGUCGCGAAGCCCGCUGUACCAUCCAAGGCAUUUGGCGGGAGUAACCAAGCGUCCUCUUCCAAGUCCGCCCCCGGCUCACCCGGUUCCCAGAAAGACUCGUGGAGACAGGAGCUUCAAGCUCGUCAAGACUCCGUGCCCGAAGGCGCCGUUCAGCGGUCGUACGCGCAUCCCGCCUGGAUCCCUCUCGUGCGAGAUUGGGGUGGCAACAACCUUGCUGUGGACCUCGCCCCCGGGUUAACCGGUACCUGGGGCCAGAUCAUCUUGUUCGGCCGGGAUUAUGACACGAAGUACGUGGUUGCGAAAUCUUGGGCCCAUUUUCUUGGCAUAGUCGCGGAUGAUCUUAAUAGCGGGAAGUGGUUCGUCAACGAGGACUCGAACGAGCUCAAGCUACGUGAAUUCAAGACGAGCCGCGUCGAACCGUCUUAUUUUGAUAUAUUGCGGUGGAGGAUGGAUCAGAAGCAUGGACGCAGCGCCAAGGUGGUGGCGAAGCGUAGGUCCGUUCUCGUUGGUAGUGCAACUUCUCCGGGGGGGUCCCCUUACGCCGGUCCUGCGGAUGGCGUUGGAGAACCUCGCGGGCGCACACUGCAGCGACUGAGCAACCCGUCGCCACUUGGCAGUCCUGUUCGCCCAGGCUUUGGGAAGCCCGCCGCACUUGCGCGCGUCACCGAGGAAAUAUCGACUCCUGAUUCCCACCCUAGCAACAAUGGCGUAAAGCAACCCAAGCUUGUUGAAGUCGAGACGCCUCGGCCAAGCGACGAGAUAAAACAGGAUGUACAAGUUCCCGUUGGGGCGGAAGCUACAGGGAAAGAUUCGAUUCCCCCUCACACCGCUACGGUCGUUGGUGAUGGUGACCAGGGAAUGGAUGACGGCAUGAAGACGAUUGAAAUUUGAUCCAACUGUUCGUGGACCUGCAAAAGCAGAUAAUCCUACUACGGCGAAGUGUCGAAUGGAUAGCAACGGGUAGUAUUCAACGCCCGGACAUGGGCCAGAAGUGGAUGGGAACAGCUCUGCACGCAACCACAUGCAGCCAUGCGAAGGGAUCCUCUUCUGAUAACGCCCGCGAUCCCUACCACCAAGGCCUGCAUACAACAGUCUCUCGCGUAAUACAAGGUCCUGGGACCGGAUCAUCCCGUCGACGUU